AUUUCCGGUUGAUGAAACUUUCGAUUGAAUUUUGUUUUGAUUGCUGAAUAUCACUAUGUAGGUUGUAGAAGAUCAGGUUGAGGAAGUUCAUCAAACGAUUCAAAAUGCAGCGUUUAUUACCAGCCAAUAAGUUAACAUCAGUCCGCUGUGGAGUGGCCAGAUUUAAAUCUACAUUAACUAAAGACCAAAGAGAAAAGUUGGCUGAUGGACCAGACUUGGCAGAUUUUAUUCAAGAUGAUCCAGAAAUACCAGAAGAACCAAUAAAACGCAAUAAAAUCCAGAGAUUAAGGUUACCUGAUUGGUUAAAAACAGGAAUUCCCAUGGGAAAGAAUUUCCAUGAAGUGAAAUCAACUCUUCGAGAUUUGAAUCUUCAUACAGUGUGUGAGGAAGCAAAAUGUCCCAAUAUCGGAGAAUGUUGGGGUGGUGGUGAGCAUGGCACUGCUACAGCAACUAUAAUGGUCUUAGGUGAUACUUGUACUAGGGGAUGUCGUUUCUGUUCAGUAAAAACAGCACGAAAACCGCCCCCUCCUGAUCCACUGGAACCAAUCAACACCGCGAAAGCUAUAGCGUCAUGGAAACUAGACUACAUUGUCAUAACGUCAGUUGAUAGAGAUGAUUUGCCAGACGGAGGUUCGGCACAUUUAGCAGAAACGAUUCACGAAAUCAAAGCACAUAAACCUUCGAUAUUAGUUGAAUGUUUGACACCGGAUUUUCAUGGGGAUUUGAAAGCUGUAGAAAGGGUUGCUAGAGCAGGGUUGGACGUGUAUGCACAUAACGUAGAAACAGUUGCUGAGUUACAGUCACAAGUUCGUGAUCCACGGGCUAAUUAUAAACAAUCACUAUCAGUAUUAAAACAUGUGAAAGAUUGUGAUCCAAAUCUGAUCACGAAAACAUCGUUGAUGUUGGGAUUGGGUGAAACAGAUGACCAAGUUCAUAAUGUUUUAAAAGAUUUAAGAUUUAUUGGAGUAGACUGCUUAACUUUUGGACAGUACAUGCAGCCAACACGCAGACAUCUCAAAGUGAAGGAAUAUGUCACCCCCGAUAAAUUUAACUAUUGGAAAGAAAUUGGCGAUGAAAUGGGGUUUGCUUACACCGCUAGUGGUCCAUUAGUUCGUUCCUCUUACAAAGCUGGGGAAUUCUAUAUAAAAAAUCUGGUCCAUAAAAAGAAAGUGGAUGCAUUAAGUUAAUUUGUUUUAUUUGUAACAGGCUGUGAGAUUAUUAAAUAUUUAAGAUCUG